UCGCAGCCCACAGUCAACCGCGAGCCACCGGCCGGCCCAGCUCAGGGACACUGACCGCGGUGCUGUCCGCCAGCCGCCACCAUGCCGGAAGUUGAGAGGAAACCAAAGAUCACUGCCUCCCGAAAACUCCUGCUGAAGAGCCUGAUGCUGGCCAAGGCCAAGGAGUGCUGGGAGCAGGAGCACGAGGAACGCGAGGCCGAGAAGGCCCGCUACCUGGCCGAGCGCAUCCCCACGCUGCAGACCCGCGGCCUGUCCCUCAGCGCCCUGCAGGACCUGUGCCGGGAGCUGCAUGCCAAGGUGGAGGUGGUGGAUGAGGAGAGAUACGACAUCGAGGCCAAAUGCCUCCACAACACCAGGGAGAUUAAGGACCUGAAGCUGAAGGUGCUGGACCUCCGUGGGAAAUUCAAGCGCCCGCCGCUGCGCCGGGUCCGCGUCUCGGCUGACGCCAUGCUCCGGGCCCUGCUGGGCUCCAAGCACAAGGUGUCCAUGGACCUCCGGGCCAACCUGAAGUCGGUGAAGAAGGAAGACACGGAGAAGGAGCGGCCCGUGGAGGUGGGUGACUGGAGGAAGAACGUGGAGGCCAUGUCUGGGAUGGAAGGCCGGAAGAAGAUGUUUGACGCCGCCAAGUCUCCCACCACGCAGUAGAGGCGGGCUUGCUGCACUGUGCUCUGGGCUCCGGCUGCACGCUCCUUCCUCCAACCCGACUCACCCGCCUCUCUGCAUCCCGCCCUGCUGCCCCCUCUCCCCUCCAGCCUGACUGCCCUCCUCUGGAACCGGGAUUAAACAGACACUCGCGAGGAGAGACAGCCGUGUCUGAAGCCCUCACCCCACAGCCCAGGUGAGGCCACACCGACAAGGAGGAGGUGCGCAGCCCCUUCUCUCCAGCCCCGGGCUGCCUCCCUCCACCGCUGCUGUGCCAUGUAGAGUGUCCGCAGGCAUCACGGCCCCCCAUUAAAAACCCAGUGUCCUGGU